GGCUAUCUGUCUGCGCAGCGUUGCAUGAAGUGGAACUCACCCAGUAAAGUUCACGCGCAGAUCACUUCAGGUAAGAGCUAACCGGAGGUGAGAGGGUGGGGAACAAAAAUCAAACCGGUGUCAGAAAACUAUUUACAAUACUACAUUCGAACACGCAGUACAGCAAUGGCAGAGGCACACCAGGCUGUAGCGUUUCAGUUUACCAUCACUCCAGAGGGGAUCAAUCUGCAUUUGUCCUACCAAGCCCUCAAUCAAAUCUACCUCUCUGGACUGCGAUCCUGGAAGAAACGUAUCAGUAGGAUUAAAAACAGAAUCAUUAAAGGUGUAUACCCAGCUAGCCCCUCCUCUUGGCUUUUUGUUGUCAUAGCAAUCUUGGCCACUAUGUACAUGCAGUCUGAUCCAUCUAUGGGCAUCAUCGCUAAGAUACGAGAGCACCUACCCUUCAGUCUGUCUUUGAGUGCUCAGGGUCAGACUGUGUUGUCUGUACUGGUGUUCAGUACUCUUCUGUGGUUGUCUCUCAUUCUGGCCCUGAGAUUUUGUCUAAAGCUUCUUCUCUCAUACCAUCAAUGGAUGUUCGAGCAACAUGGUCGAAUUUCUACCAAGACGAAAGUUUGGGCGACCCUAGUUAGGUUGCUCUCUAGCAGGAAGCCAUUACUCUAUAGUUAUCAGACAUCUUUACCACACCUGCCUGUGCCUCCAAUUAAAGACACACUGGAAAAAUAUCUUGAGUCAGUGAAGCCAUUGCUGAGUGCGGAUGAUUUUGAGCGAAUGAAGAAACUUGCUGCUGAUUUUGAGAACAAUGUGGGAAAGCGCUUGCAGAGAUACCUCAAACUCAAAGCCCUAUGGGCCACAAACUAUGUUAGUGACUGGUGGGAAGAGUAUGUUUACCUGCGGGGGCGCAGUCCUAUCAUGGUCAACAGUAACUAUUAUGGCAUGGACUUCUUGUAUGUGACGCCAACAACAAACCAGGCAGCUCGAGCUGGAAACAGCAUCACAGCCCUGUUUCUUUAUCGCCGCAAGGUCAACCGAGAGGAGCUGAAACCUAGUCGUAUUCCUGGUACUGUCAUCCCACUGUGUGCAGCUCAAUGUGAACGCAUGUUCAACACUACCCGCAUACCAGGAGAGGAAACCGAUGUAGUGCAGCACUGGCAGGACAGUGAGUUUGUUGCUGUGUACCACAGGGGCCGAUACUUCAGGUUAUGGGUGUACCAUGCGGGACGGCUGCUGUCACCCAGAGAGAUCCAGUACCAGAUUCAAAGGAUCCUGGAUGACCCUUCGCCUCCAUUUCCAGGAGAGGACAAACUAGGAGCACUAACUGCAGGAAACAGGGUGCCAUGGGCUCGUGUCCGAAAGCAGUACUUCAGCUCUGGAGUUAAUAAGCAAUCAUUGGACUGCAUUGAGAAAGCGGCUUUCUUUGUCACACUUGACGAUGAGGAAAAAGGCAUGAUGGGAGAUGAUCCUAGGAAUUUAGGCGGCUAUGCCAAAUCCAUCCUGCAUGGCAAAUGUUACGACAGGUGGUUCGAUAAGUCAUUUUCUCUUGUGGUGUAUAAGAAUGGAAAGAACGGUCUGAACGCAGAACAUUCUUGGGCUGAUGCUCCUAUAAUGGCCCACUUGUGGGAGUACACUCUUGCCACAGACAAGUUUCAGUUGGGUUACACUACGGACGGAAACUGCAGAGGAGAGGUCGAGCGCUUCUUACCACAACCUCAACGCUUGAGAUGGGACAUACCGGCCGAGGUUCAGGCACAAGUUUCUGAAUCUCUUGCUGUUGCACAAGCACUGGCGGAUGAUGUGGACUGCUAUGUGUUUCCCUUCAGAGAGUUUGGAAAGGGCCUUAUAAAGAAAAACAAAACAAGCCCCGACUCCUUCGUGCAGCUAGCCCUGCAGCUGGCAUAUUACAGGGAUAAAGAAGCAUUUUGUCUUACAUAUGAGGCCUCUAUGACACGUCUGUUUCGAGAGGGUCGCACUGAGACUGUUCGCUCCUGCUCCAAUGAAAGCUCUGCCUUUGUCCGUGCAUUUGAAGCUGGAGAGGACCAAGAACAUUGUCUCAAACUCUUCAGAAAGGCUGCUGAGAAGCAUCAGAAUCUCUACCGUCUGGCCAUGACUGGAUCAGGCAUCGACAGGCACCUCUUUUGCCUUUAUGUGGUCUCCAAAUACCUAGGGACAGAAUCUCCUUUUCUUAAAGAGGUCUUGUCAGAGCCUUGGCGUCUCUCCACCUCACAGACUCCUGUUCAACAGAUAGAGCUGUUUGAUUUGGUCAAUUAUCCAGAGUUCAUCUCGCUGGGUGGAGGAUUUGGUCCGGUGGCAGAUGAUGGCUAUGGCGUAUCCUACAUCAUCAUGGGAGAGGAAAUGAUCAGCUUCCACGUGUCCAGCAAGCACUCCUGCAAAACAACUGACUCUCAGAAAUUUGGUUACAAGAUCAAUCAAGCCAUGAUGGACAUAAUGACUCUCCUGAAGCCAGAUUUUAGGACACUCACAAAAGUCAGCCCUGAUAAAUAGUUUUAAAUCAUGACGAAUGGGUAAUAUUUAUGUUUUUAUUUACAUACUGUAAGACGAUCUAUUAUCUGACAUAUAUUAUUGAAGUAAGUGUCAUUAUAAUAUCACACCUGUGACAUCCCUAGACACAGACCACUUGUCCGGGGAAUGACAAUUCGAUGAUAAUUCUGUCAGUUAUUGUGCACAUUCAGAUUUAAUAACUGGGUUUUGAUGGUGAUGUGCAGAGAGGAAAUGGUUAAAGCGAUGGGGCGAGCUCUUCUGGCUAAUAUAGUUUUCAAUAUUUGGUAUGUUCAAUGAAAAUUUAAUUCAGAAAGGAUGAGUCAUCAUUAAUAAUUGUUACAAAUAAAUAAUUAAAUCAUA